AUGACGUUGAAUCCGCAAUGCGAGAGCGUAGAAACGUCCCAAGGGGUACCACUGAGCGUCACGGGGGUGGCCCAGUGUAAAAUCAUGAAGGCCGACGAACUGCUUCAUACUGCCAGCGAACAAUUUUUGGGCAAGACUGUUAAGGAAAUCAAGAGUACGAUUUUGCAGACUCUGGAGGGUCAUUUGAGAGCUAUUCUAGGAACUCUUACAGUAGAAGAAGUGUACAGGGACAGGGACCAAUUCGCUGCCUUAGUGAGGGAAGUAGCGGCACCGGACGUGGGCCGCAUGGGCAUCGAAAUUUUGUCUUUCACCAUAAAGGACGUUUAUGACAACGUCCAGUAUUUGACGUCGCUGGGCAAAGCCCAAACGGCCAGUGUAAAAAGGGACGCGGACGCAGGAGUAGCAGAAGCUAACAGAGACGCCGGCAUCAGGGAAGCUGAAUGUAUGAAAUCGUCGAUGGACAUCAAAUACUCCACCGAUACGAAAAUUGAAGAUAACUCGAGGAUGUUCAAACUACAAAAGGCCAAUUUCAAUCAGGAAGUUAACACAGCGAAAGCCCAAGCUCAAUUGGCCUAUGAGCUUCAAGCGGCCAAAAUCCGACAGAAAAUUCGAAACGAAGAAAUUCAAAUCGAGGUAGUGGAGAGAAGAAAACAAAUCGAAAUCGAAACCCAGGAAGUUAUGAGAAAGGAAAAAGAAUUGAACGCCACUGUGAAACUGCCCGCCGAGGCUGAGAGCUACAAGAUGCAAAUGUUGGCUGAAGGAAGAGGUACUCAGACCAUCCAGAAGGCUCAUGCCGAAAGUGAAAGAAUCAAACUUAUUGGUAUGGCUGAAGCUUCAGCUAUUGGCAGCAUUGGUAAAGCUGAUGCAGAACGAAUGAGAAUGAAAGCUAACGUUUAUAAACAAUACGGGGAUGCUGCUAUUAUGAGUCUUGUAUUGGAGGCCUUGCCUAAGAUUGCUGCAGAAGUUGCUGCUCCACUAGCAAAGACAGACGAAAUCGUCCUCAUUGGUGGCCAAGACAAUAUGACCGGCGAAAUUACAAGAUUAGUCAGUCAGAUACCGCCAGCUGUAAGUGCUUUGACAGGAGUCAACUUGUCAAAAGUACUUGGUAAAAUUCCAGGGGCCACACAGAACAACACUGUCGCCCCAGUAAAAUAA